UGCGCAAGCAACAACUGAAGCGGUCACACACACACCACCCAUAGGCCGAAAAGGGCCCAAAUGAAUGAAAGAAGAUGUGUUGCACGCCCCAUUAAAAGUGCGGGAGCAUUUCUGGUAUUGGCGUUGGCCCUUGCAGUGGUAGCCCUAAUUCGACCCAGCGCUUGGAAAUUGGGGCUAAUUAUAACGUAUAAGUUCAAGGAGGAAGUACCCAUGCAAGCCUCACUGCUGAGCUUGGGUGCAAAACCACCACUAACAUCGCAUCAGAUCCGUGUGAAAUCGCUCUACACUCCCACCUCCUUCAACGAUCCUACAGAUUCUACCUCCAUGGCUGCUAUUCCUGCUCCCAAGUGGGCCCAGAAGACCAUCACUCUUCCUCCUCAGAGGCGAGGCUGUCACCACAUCACCCCUAAGAUAUUGAAGGAAAUUGGGCAAGACCUGUCAGGAUUCAAAUGUGGCCUUGCUCAUCUAUUCAUUCAGCACACAAGUGCUUCUCUGACUAUAAAUGAAAAUUACGACUCGGACGUUCGAGAUGACACUGAGACAUUCCUCAGCAAAAUAGUUCCAGAGGGAAGAUCUGCACCUUGGAAGCAUACACUGGAAGGUCCGGAUGACAUGCCAGCACACAUCAAAUCUUCAAUGUUUGGUUGCAGUCUCACGAUUCCAAUUACUGAUGGACAGCUAAACAUGGGAACUUGGCAGGCUGGAAGAAACUAUUAUGUAGCCAUAAGAGCUACAAUGAAAAUUCCCAAUGGAGAACAUGCUUAAAUUGAGCCUUUGCAUAGCGUCUUAAACCCUAUUGCUUUAGAUACUCCUGUACUGGUAAACUCAAGAAGUCAAAAACAACUUGGAACAUGGACACAUGUUCUAAGAAAGUUACUAACCUUUGAAUUUUGUUACCUGGAUUUGUGUUUUAGCUGUAUGCCCAAGGAAAGGUAUACACUCCGCAGGAUUAUUUUGUGUGGUGCCAAAGAUGUGAGGCAGAUGUCAUAAGCCUCAGGAGCAUGGCUUAACUUAUAAUAUAUGAUAUAAAUAUCUAUAAAUGUGUGCUUCAACAUUGUAGAUUUUCAUGGAAGGAUCUUGGGUGAAGAAUGGAUUCUAUUAGCCUAUUUUACAAUUGAAAUAGCUUAAUUUUAA